AUGAUAGUAGGUUACCUAAAUGAUUCGGAUGCCACUACGGGAACAAUAGACAAAGAAGGGUGGUUACAUACAGGCGACAUUGACAAUGAUGACGAGCUUUUCAUUGUGGAUCGUUUAAAGGAAUUGAUAAAAUACAAAGGAUUUCAAGUGGCUCCUGCUGAACUUGAAGCCCCUCUCCUCAAUCAUCCCUAUAUUUCGGAUGCUGCUGUUGUUCCAAUGAAAGACGAGCAAGCAGGAGAAGUUCCAGUGGCUUUUGUUGUUAGAUCAAAUGGCUCCACAAUUACUGAAGAUGAAGUCAAAGAAUUCAUAACAAAGCAGGUGAUAUUUUAUAAGAGGAUAAAGAGGGUAUUUUUUGUGGAUGCUAUUCCUAGAUCUCCAUCUGGAAAAAUCCAUAGAAAGGACUUGAGAGCUAAAUUAGCUGAUGGAUUUCCAAAUUAA